AUGAAUACCAACGCUAGAAAGAUAAAAGACAACUGGAACUCCAUUUCUGCCUGGAUAGGAGACUCUGAUCCGGGCUGGAUUGGAUAUGUCUGGGCUGGAUUGAACUGUCAACAACUUCAACUACUAAGCUUCAGCUGUAAAUCGAUACCAAAGUUCAAUUUUGGCAGAGCUUUAAUCUACUUCAAGCUUUGUGAGGCUUUUGAGUGGGCAAAACUGCAGCUUCUUGAGUUUGAAUGA